AUGAAUACUCAACGGUGCAAUAUAUCAGUGAGUGAGAGCUUUACUAAAAAAUCUUCAAAAGGUAGGGAAGAUAUUAAGUCUAACAAGCAGGCAAAUACCAACAUGCCUGGGUAUCAGAAAAAUAUCCCAAAUAUGACAGGUUCUUCACUAGAUGAUAAUUUGAUUGAAUUGAAGGGGAAACGAUUUAGAAAAACGCAGGCAUGUGAUAGAUGUAGAUUGAAAAAAAUAAAAUGUGAUGGAGGGAAACCAACAUGUGGUAAUUGUCUAAAAGCAAAAUUUCAUUGUGUAACUUCCGAUAAAUUAUCAAGAAGAGGUUUUCCAAAAGGUUAUACGGAAGCAUUGGAACAAGAAUUAAUCAAAUUGAAGAAAAUAUUGAAAGAUAACAAUAUUGAAAUUACAAAAGAGACAGCUUCUAACGGUAUAAAUAAAACAAAGCCCAAAUCAACGACUGUAUUUAAUAUUUCCACUGAAAACACACAGCCUUUGCAAAGUUCAGUUAAUGAAGGAUCAGUUAAUUUUAACUUUACAUCAACAUCGUCCAUCAAACAAUCUAAUACUACUCAAUCACCAGUAGCUAAUCAUUUACAAGAUCCACAAAUCAAAAAUAUAUCACAAGAAGAUCCCAUUUUAGUUAAUGAUACUUUUCAUAAACAAAAAAAUGUUAUAUAUUCUGAGAAGAACUGUAUUUAUAUGGGAAAUAAUUUUUGGAAUAGAUUAAUGUCAUACAAUACAAAUAGGAAUGGUAAGGUUGUAGAAAAUAAUUUUUAUAACAUCUUAGAAAAGGAGGAAAAAAUUAUUCAUGAGCAACAUAUAUCUUUAAUGGUAAAUCUUUUGAAUUUAAAUCCUAGGUAUUAUUAUCUACCCCAAUUUUUAGUCCAAAAAUAUAAAUAUGACGAAAACUUAUUGAAAAAUUUGUUAGCAAAUUCAAUACAAAAAUUUUUUAAAGUUCAGAAUUCAUUGAUACCACUUUUGUAUCCAACCAAUUACUGGAAAAACUCUUUAAUAGAUCUUCUUUCUAAGUUUCAAUAUAAAGUGUAUUCAGAAAGAGUAAACCCUGAUAUCAAACCUCAUCUAUUAUUAUGUCUGUUAAUUAUAAUUCAGAUUGAUUGGUCAUGCAUGGAUAAUUUAAGAUUGCUACAGGUUAUUAGAUUGAUAAGCGUAAACUCUUUUUUUAGAAAUGUUAAACAAGUUCAGGUUUUGAAUUUAUCUACAUUUCUGUUUAUGGGGCAUGGUCAAAAGUCUACAAAUGAAAAUUUAUGGACAUCAGCAGUAGUAGUUGAAAUCCUAAAUUUAAAUCUAUCAUUAAUAAAAGAUAUAGGUCUUUACAUAAAUCCAAAAAACUUGAAACCAUUGAUUUUUUUUGAAUGCAAAAAUACAGAAUCCGCUCAGAAUAAUGAAGUUGAGGAUAGAAGUAUUCCAGUCGUAACUUACUGGUGUUUUGAAUUUUUAAAUUCUUGGUGGUGUCUAUUACAAGGUCUUCCAAGAAUAAAUUUUAUUACAUCAGAAUUUCAACCUAAAAUAUUAGCAAUUUCUAAGAAAAAUGGAUUAAUUCCAUUUUCUAUUUUAAUAAAUUAUAUUACUGAGAAGAUAGAUGGAUACAAUCUAUUUCAUUGUUUAAAAAAUGGAUUGAGUUCUAAAGUUAUAGUAGCAAAUGAAUUCUAUAGGGAUAUUUUAAAAUCAAAAAAUCUUUAUUUUUACUCAAUUGAAAAAGAUAUCUCGUUUGAAAAAAUAUCAGAAGCAGUGAAAAAUAAGGGUUCUGCAGGAGUUUUAAAAAAGAAUGCCUCAAAUGAUAAGGAAUCAAUUAUUUUAGAAAAGUCAGAGAUCAUUGAGAUUCAGUUAACUUUAUAUUAUUUAUUAAUGACAUUAAUUCUUCAUCAAAAGUAUCAGUUCUCUAGAGAUAACCUAAAAAGAAUAGGAUACAACACUGACUCUGAUAGCGUUGCAUAUGAAAUUCUUUGUUUGUAUUAUUUGUUGAUGAAGAGUGAGGCGAAUGAUAAUGGUAAAUUGAAUCAGGAACAGGUAUCUCCUCCAUUGCAAUUUACUGUAACACAUAUUUUGCCAUGUUCAAACGAGGAUAUUAUAAAAUUAACUCUGGAUAUCCUUAUUGAAUGGGGUUCAAAUCAGAAGAAGAAACUAAAUUCUAGGACAUCUAUGAAACAUGUUAAAAAUGAAGAAGUCUGGAGAUUUAAGAAAUAUAAGAAUUUUUUAUAUGAGUGGUGCCAAUUAUGGUUUGAGUCUACUGAUCAAGAAGAUCUACAAUAUUUAAAGAUCAAAUCUACAUUUGAUAUUAAUUUAGAGGUUGAUAGAAUGAGAGUGAUGAAAUACAAUUAUUUUAGAUCUUUAGAAGAAUUUAAUAAUUUAGGAUAUUCAAAUAAUAUUUUAUUAAAGACAGAUUCAAAAGCAAUUAUGGAUCAAUUCAAUAUAUUUGGAUCGAGCAUUAAUAAUAUAUCUUCUUUACUUCAACCUUCCUUAAAUUCUUUAGGUAUGAAUGCGUCUAAAAAUGGUUUGAAUAUAUUGUCACAAAAUGUUGACGUUAAAUUAAGUGAUAAUAGUAAUACUGAUAAUAAUAUCUUGCAAGAUGAUAAAUCCAAGGAUGCUCCAAGUAAUAUAUUUCCAUUUACUAAUUCGGUACACCUUGUUUCUUCCGUUUUGGGAAAACAAGAAGAAACGGAUGAUGGGUAUGCAGAAGAUGAUGAUGAGGAUGAGGAUGAUAGCAAGCCAUUAGAAAUUCCAUUUAUUCAUAAAAGGAGGGGUUCACUAUUUCAUCAAAAACGUAUCCAACCACCUCAGAGACACACAAAUGCAUUUUUAGACCAUAGCAAUCAAGCAAGAAUGCCGCAGAAUAGAAUAAAACGUUCUUUCAAAGAAAUGAUUUCUUCAAGUACUUCUACUAUUAAGGCUGCAGAGUUAGCAAAGAAACCUAAUGUUUUAGAAAAUAAUCAAUCAUCUGCUAACAUUGUGACAAAUAUGGAAAAUUUAAAAGGUGAUAUGGUUGUACUUACAGCAAAUUUACCAAAGCAAAAACAGAGCUCCGAUUCUAUAUCAUCUAGACAACAUUUACUAAUACCAAAUAUGCCAAUGGAGACAGAUAUAUUAAGCAAGACUUUAAUUAAGUCACCUUUCGCUUCGACGUUAUUCUUUCAAGAGGAUAAGUCGAAUACAUUGUUAGGAAAUUUUAAGUCAAAUGAUUCACUGUUAAAUUCUUUUCAACAACAACAAUUUAAAAUUCAAUCAGGUUUGUUCCAAAAAGAAGUUACACCCCGAUCUCUUAUUGAUAUUAUGUUGACAAGUGGGAAUAAGGGACAAAGUGGAGAAUCAAAUAAUACUGCUACUACAAUUGUCAACGAACAAAAUGCAGGUAACAAAGAAAAUGAAUCUAGCGAACACACUAUAAUUUAA